UUUCGUUUUAUUUUACUUUUUUAAUAGUUUGUAAAUAGAAUUAUUCAAUAUCACGAAUAAAUAAAUAUAAGUAAUUAAAAUAAUCAUUUUUAAAUUUUCUAUUUGUCAAUUACUAAUGCUAAGAAAUUUUGCCAUCUUAAAUAAUUUAUCACGAUAGUUUAAUUAGGUUUACGAGCACAUUUAUCUUUUGACUACAUCAGAUUUAAUAACAAAUAUUUUACUACUCAAGUUGAAUAUCCAAAACUCAGUGAAAUAAUGAGUACAAAAUAUUGUUUUGCUAUCGAUCGUGGAGGAACUUUCACGGAUGUAUUAUGCAUUUGUCCCAAUGGUGAUGUAAAAACUUUAAAGUUGUUAUCGGAAGAUCCGGCAAAUUAUAGUGAUGCACCGAGAGAAGGUAUAAAGCGGAUAUUACAACAGGAAACCGGAAAAGCAUUAACAUCUGACGGUGUUGUAGACACUUCUUUGAUUGGAUGGGUACGUAUGGGUACAACUGUAGCCACAAAUGCACUUUUAGAAAGAAAAGGAGAUCCAGUAGCAUUAAUAGUAAAUAAAGGUUUCAAAGAUUUACUUUAUAUUGGAAACCAAGCACGUCCAAAAAUAUUUGAUUUAAAUAUUCGAAAACCGUCCAAUUUAUAUCAAAAGGUUGUAGAAAUUGAUUGUCGAAUAGUGCCUGAACAAAAAAUAUGUCAAUUGGAUAAUUCUUGGAAAGUUUUAGAAGGAGUUGCUGGAUCAAAAUAUCUUGAAAAAACUCCAUUAAAUAAUGAUGAAGUAAAAAUGAAACUUAAAAAAGUUUUAGAAGAUGGAAUAUCAUCGAUUGCUGUUGUAUUAGCGCACAGUUACGCUUGUCCAAACCACGAAUUAGAAAUCGGAAAAAUCGCAAAAGAUUUAGGUUUUUCUCAUAUUACUUUGUCACAUCAGGCAAUGCAAAUGUGCCGUGUAGUUGCAAGAGGAUACACUGCUUGUGCUGAAGCAUAUUUAACACCUCAUGUUGAAAGAUAUUUAAAAAGUUUCAAGUCAGGAUUUAAGGAUGAACUUGCUAACUGUGAUGUUUUAUUUAUGCAAAGUGAUGGUGGUUUAACCAAAAUGGAAAAUUUUAGAGGAGCACGUGCUAUAUUAAGCGGACCCGCCGGUGGAGUGGUCGGAUACGCUGUGACUGGUUCAAAAGAAACUGAAUUGCCUUUAAUUGGAUUUGAUAUGGGCGGAACUUCAACUGAUGUAUCAAGGUAUCAUAACAAAUAUGAACAUGUAAUUGAAUCAACGACAGCUGGAGUAACAAUUCAAGCUCCUCAGUUAGAUAUCAAUACAGUUGCAGCUGGCGGAGGAUCAAGAUUAUUCUUUAGGUCAGGUUUGUUUGUUGUUGGUCCCGAAUCUGCAGGAGCGCAUCCAGGACCAACGUGUUAUAAAAAAGGUGGCCCACUUACUGUAACCGAUGCUAAUUUAAUAUUAGGCAGACUUUUGCCGAAAUAUUUUCCAAAGAUUUUUGGUCCAACUGAAAAAGAACCUUUAGAUUAUGAAGCUACAAGAGAAAAAUUUCAACAAUUAAAGGCGUCCAUAAAUUCCUUUUUGAAACAGAAGAAUGAAAAAGAACUCACUCUAGAAGAAAUAGCUUUAGGUUUUAUUAGGGUGGCAAAUGAGGCAAUGUGUCGUCCAAUUCGGGCUUUAACUCAAGCCAGAGGAUAUGACACCUCGAAACAUACUUUGGCUUGUUUUGGUGGAGCUGGUGGGCAACAUGCUUGUAGUAUCGCUCGUGAGUUAGGAAUGUCAAAAGUUCUUGUUCAUAAGUACGCUGGUGUUUUAUCAGCUUAUGGUAUGGCACUUGCAGAUGUUGUAACUGAAGUACAAGAACCAUUUGGUUUAGAGUACAGCGAAAAUAAUUUUGAAAUGAUUGCUGCUAGAUUAGAUAAUCUUAGUCAAAAAUGUGAAAUUAAAUUGAAACAACAAGGUUUUGAAAAUAUUAUUUUGGAACCAUACCUUCACUUACGUUAUGAGGGAACUGAUUGUGCGUUAAUGUGUUCUCCUAAAUUAUCUUCAAAUGUCAAAAAUACAAAUAACUUAUUUAAAAAAUACGGUGAUUUUAACGUUCCGUUUGUUGAAAGAUACAAAUCUGAAUUUGGCUUUGUGCUGCAAAACCGUAAAAUAAUAGUUGAUGACGUUCGUGUUAGAGGUUUAGGAAAGACCACCACUCCUCCAGAAAAAGAAAUUGAGAAUUCGACUACUGAAUUGGAAGCAGAGUGCUUUACAAAAGUCUACUUUGAGAAGGGUUUAGUGGAAUGUCCUGUUUAUUUAUCUAACAAAUUUAAGAAAGGACACCUAAUUACAGGACCUGCUAUUUUAAUUGAUAACCUUUCAACAAUAUUAAUUGAACCAGAUUGUUCUGCUGAAGUUUCCAAAUAUGGGGAUUUAACUAUUAAUGUUGGUACAAAUUAUAAGCAUGGUAUAGAUACAAAGCUAAAUGCUGUACAAUUAAGUAUUUUUAGCCACCGUUUUAUGAGCAUUGCUGAACAGAUGGGAAGAGUUUUGCAACGAACUUCAAUAUCGACAAAUAUCAAGGAACGUUUAGAUUUUUCGUGUGCAUUAUUCGGUCCGGAUGGUGGAUUGGUUAGUAAUGCUCCGCAUAUACCAGUACAUUUGGGCGCCAUGCAAGAAACUGUGCAAUAUCAAUUAAAAAUCCGUGGCAAUACAUUAAGAGAUGGAGAUGUAAUAUUAUCUAAUCACCCACAAGCUGGUGGGUCUCAUCUGCCGGAUUUAACAGUUGUAACACCUGUGUUUUACAAAAACCAAACACUACCGGUGUUUUUUGUAGCUUCAAGAGGACAUCAUGCUGAUAUUGGAGGCAUUACACCAGGUUCAAUGCCACCGCACUCUAGAACAUUGGAAGAAGAAGGUGCCGCAUUUAAGUCAUUUAUGAUAGUAAAAGAAGGUGUAUUUCAAGAAGAGGAUUUAAUAAAAGAACUAACAACGCCAUCUAAUGCCCCAGGAGCAGCUGGGACUAGAAAUCUGUCAGACAACAUUUCAGAUUUGAAAGCACAAAUAGCUGCAAAUCAUAAAGGUAUACAGUUGGUUGGUGAGCUUAUUGAUGUCUAUGGGCUUGAUGUUGUUCAGGCCUAUAUGAAUUAUAUUCAGGAAAAUGCAGAAAUUGCAGUUCGAGAAAUGCUGAAAUCAAUUUCAAAAAACAUUUUGAAAAAGGAAGGUAUAGAAUUCCUAGAAGCUGAAGAAAUGAUGGAUGAUGGAUCACCAAUUCGCUUGAAGGUAACAAUCGACGAAAGUCAAGGCUCAGCAGUGUGUGAUUUUUCUGGUUCAGGUUCUGAAGUUUGGGGUAAUUGCAAUGCUCCAAGGGCAAUUACGAUUUCUGCUUUAAUAUAUUGUCUGAGGUGUAUGGUUGGUCAUGAUAUACCAUUGAAUCAAGGAUGUUUGGCACCAAUAAAAUCUAUUAUACCAAAAAAUUCUAUAUUGGAUCCAUCUGAAAACGCUGCUGUUGUAGGAGGUAAUGUCCUAACGUCACAGAGAGUCGUUGAUGUGGUUUUAAAAGCAUUUCGAAUAUGUGCCGCUUCUCAAGGCUGCAUGAAUAAUAUUACAAUUGGAGAUGACACUUGGGGUUACUAUGAAACUGUUGCUGGCGGAAGUGGAGCAGGACCCAAUUGGAAUGGCGCUGGCGGUGUUCAUACUCAUAUGACAAAUACUAGAAUAACCGAUCCUGAAAUUCUUGAAUUGCGUUACCCAAUAGUAUUGAAUAAAUUUUGCUUAAGAGACGAUAAUUCCGGUGGAGCAGGUGCUUUUAAUGGAGGAGAAGGUGUACAAAGAGAACUUCUGUUUCGAAAACCUGUUACGUUAUCAGUUUUAACUGAAAGAAGAGUUUUAGAGCCAUAUGGAAUGAAUGGUGGAUCAUCUGGUAAGAGGGGAGUUAAUUUACUGAUUAAGCCAAACGGUCGCAUUAUAAGUUUGGGUAGCAAAACUGCAGUAAAUGUUGAAGCAGGGGAUAUAUUUUCUAUGAAAACACCAGGUGGUGGCGGGUACGGCAAAGUAGGUAAUGUUACAUCGGAAAACAACUUUAAAUCAGAGAGUAAGAAUUUUGUUGAAAAAGGAAGCGUGUUUGCAUACAGACAAAUACAAGAGUCCCAAUAAAUAUUUCUGAUUUUUACAAAUUUAGAGAAAAGUUAAUAUUGAAAAAAGCAGAAAAAGCAUAAAACUCAUCGGUAUAUAUUAUGUAUUGGGCCAAAUUAUAAAUUUUCUGCGAUCAACCAAUUUUCGUACAACUGAACAAGUCAAUUUAUAAAAAAUGUCAAUUUUACUUUUUGUUAAAAGGGUGGCAGUUAUUUUGAAGUAAUAGUUAUGCAAUAAUGUAGUUUAUUUUCUUUUACAUAAUUUUAAAAUUAUAUAUAUUUUUAACAUUUAAAAAAUUAGAAAUUUUUAAAAUUUUUAUAA